AUGUUAAAUUAAUUUGCAGUUGAAUUGCUUAGGGAUUUGAAUUGUGUAAGAGGAAACCCUCUAUAUUUUGAUACCAGUCUCACCCCCUUAUUUGAAUCCAUCUCAUAGAACAGUGAAAUGCAACAAUCGCCAUGCAUCAAUCCAAAUGACAUCCUGGCUGUAAUCAAUAAUUUUGGGACAGAUAUCCAUUUCCUAUCUGAUCACAUAAUGAAAUAGAAGACCAACGAUUACUCUAAACUCAUUAGCGGAUAUCGCAAGUAUAUCUCUAAAUUACCAUAUUGUAGUCGACUCUCAGAUUCCACCAAAUAAAAAUUUAAAUCGAUGUUCAAUAAGCAAAUAAACAAUCCCAUCAUUUAUUAGUAGCAUUUAACGCAUUGUUAUAUUCAUCUUUAUGAAAACUCAAAUUUCUAUCUAUUAUUAAUCGUAUUGCAAUCCAAAUAUGUGAUUGUUGACUCCAUUACUCAAAAGAACACUGGACUCCACAUUCAAGGAUGGCUGAAUUAUCAUUCUUAAUUGAGUGGAAUGCAAUUUGUUGAUGGAGAUUAAUACUAUGAACUAUAAGAUACUGAUACCAAAUAAAAAUAGAUCACACUAGACAAUCAAAACGUUUGGUUGUUCGAUUUGUUUAUUGAUAACUCAAGUACACAGAUACUACCUUUGAUUUCUCAUAAAUUUGGCAAUACUCCUGUUCUCCAAUUCUUUUGUGAAUCCUAAAUUGGAGAAGUCUAACUCAAAGAAUAAAAGUCAUUGCAGUCUCCAUCCCACCCUAUUCUCAAAUAACUGUACUUACUCUCAGCUAGAGACCCUCUUCAACCUAUUAAAUCAAAUCUAUAAUAUAAAAUAGAAUAAAUCAAAGGCUAAAAGUUCACAGGUUUUGAACAAGAGCACCAUCCAAAAGUACCAUAAACCACUUCUAAAAAUUUAUAAUUGUUUCGAAUUGAAGAAAACCAAUACGAAUAAUCCAGUGCAAAGCCUGAUGAUUUGGAUUUGUAUACCAAAAAUUUAGAGUCCAAAUACCUAAAUGCCCCUAAAUUUCCUAGUCUUAUAGACGGCUUAACCAGUUCUGAUUCUUAAAUGUUGGAUAAACAUCAUAAUCCAUAUGCUCCUCUGACUCACAAGGAAUAGUCUACAAUCUCAGAAAUAAGAAAUCAAACUGUAACUACUCAGGAUUCUGCUAUUAAUGAACAUCUAAGCAAUCUGCUGGAUCCAAAAUAGUUACAAAAUAUUUAUUAAGAUCUGUGUAGGGAAGUAGAAAAUCCUUCGAAUAAUUUGUAGUAAAGCUAACAAAUAUUUUAACCUUACAAUGUUGAGUCGCUCUAUUUUGGUAGUUCUUAAUAGCACACUUCUAAUCGCAAUUUUGAAACUUAGGAAUUAUAUUCAUAACAAUAAUAACAAAAUUAAUUCUAUAAUUAACAACCACAGCUAUUCUUAAAUUAAAAUAAAGAUUAUCAGCAGCAACAAUAAUAGUAAUACUAAUAGUAAUAAUAUUUAUACUAAUAAUAACAAUAAUAAUAUUAUUAUGAAUAAUAAUAGCAAUAGUUAUUCUAAUAAUAAUAACAAUAGCAAUUAUAUUAAUAAUAGUAAUUACAAUAUCAAAUGAUGCAAUAUCAUCAGUAGUUGCAAUAAUAUCCAAAUAAUUUAUAAAUAUAAUAGCCUGAAGAGCAGUAUUAUUUUGAAGAACCUUAAUUGGAGAUUUCUCCUAAAAAGUGGUCUUUUAGUCCUCAAAAACAAGAUGAAUCUGUUAUCAUAAAGAAGAGAACUUCAAAUCCUGAACCUUAAAACAAAACAUCUUAUAGAUAUUCUAUACGUUAAUCAAUAAAGCAACAAAAAAAAUCUGAAUUUUAAUUGUCAAAUACUUAAAAAAUACUCUAGAAGGAAGGGGCUUAAAUAAAGGACAAUGAGAUUCCAUUCAAAUGCAAACUCAAAAUUAAUUCAAUCCACCCUUACGACUUUGUAGAUUUGAGAUCAAAUAGAGCAUAAAAAAAGAUGUAAGAAAUUGAAUAAGGUCUAUUAAGUUAAUCGACAAGAUAUCACAAAAAUCACAAUUUUAAUGCAUUGUAUCGAAAUGAGAAAUUUUCAGACAUUGUUUUACUAGUUAAUGAUUAUCAAUACAAAUCUCAUAAAUCAGUUUUGAUUUAGGUUUCCAACUACUUCAAGGAAUUGUUAGAAACUAAAUAAUGUGAGUUAAUUUUGUAAGUUGACAACUUAUAGUUAUUUGAUUUGGUUUACAAAUACAUUUACUUGGGUAAACUGACAGAUUCUGAAUGGAAUGAAGUAGGAAUCCAUUAAUCAAUUAAAUUUUAUAGAUUGGCUGAGAAAUUAGAGUUAUAUCAAUUGAUAGAAUAAUUGAUAAGUAGAGUUGUAAUUCCUAUGAUGAUCAAUGAAUUUGUACUGGAUUGGUAUGUUAUAGGUUUUAGGAAUUAGAACUCCCACCUUUCUUACAUUUUUAAAUUUGUUUAUGUUUAUACAGUAACUUACUUUUCAUUAAAUUGCAGAACGAUAAUCAAUCAAAUUAGAGGGAGAUAGGAUGAUUCCAUAAUUUAAGAUUAAUAGAUGUAAAAUAGAUACAAGAAAAUAUUUGAUUUGAUGACGCCGGAGGAAAUAUAUUUUCUAGUUUAGCAACCUUUAAUGUAGACUGAUUUCGAAGGAGUUGACAAUUUAUUGUGGUUGAUUACAGAAAAAAAGCAAUGUUAACAAAUAGAUCUACUUAAGUAAUUGUCUAUGGACCAUUUAUCUAAUUGUGGAUUCAAGUACAAAGAUUUCACGAACCAUCAAUUCGAAUAGAAUUUGCCUCUAUUAAAUAAUUAGAUUAUUGUUUAUCCUUAAAGACUUCAAGAAACCAAAAGAAGGAGAAGCUCUAUUUUUACUGAUUAAGAAUUUCAUUAUUCUGAAUCAUUGUUUGAUGAAUAUUCAUUUUACCAAUAAAAUGCAAAUACUUGUAAAAUCAACAAAUUGGUUUAUGAAAUGAAAAUCAACAAUGUGGUUGGUAAUUCAAUUGUGAUUUCAGAAUGUUUUGCCUCCUAAAGUCUUGCUUGGAGAUUGAUCAUUGAUAUUAAUGAUUAGAAUAUCAUAUCAAUCUAUUUGCAAGAAAGGGGUUCAAUAAAAAAUAAUCUAAAGUACAUGAAUCUUGAAGAUAAUUUGAUGGAUGAAUCAUUACCUUAGUAUACCAAAUUGAAUUUUAUCAGUGUCUUAGUUAAAGUAGCCAUACUUAACAAAUAAGAAUAGAGCAAUGAGAGAGUUAUGUAUCAUACUUAUCCAACAAAUUAAUUUCACACUGUGGGAUUUGAGGAUAUAUAAACUGUGAAUUCUUAAUUAUGGUUAAAGGUAUACAUACAAGAAGAUCCACUUCAUUCUGCUCUCAUGCAUUGGUGUGGAUAUAAUUAUAACGAAAAGUUAUGUUAAUUACCAUAUUACACACUCUAUUCACUAUUAAAAUCAGACAUGUUGAGAGUAAGUGAAGAAAAACAAAUCUUAGGGUUAUUGUACAAUCUAUAAAAAUCUGAUUAGGAAUAGAAUCUUGAUCUUUUGAUUCAUCCAAUCAGAUAUUUUUAUGUGCCAAUAGGAGAAAUCUUUACCUUAUCUAAAGAUUGUUAAUCUGUAAGGUAAAAUAAACUCUUUCAAAGCAUUCUAAAUUUAUUGUUAUCACAUUAUUUGGAUGGAAAGUAAAAUAAUUAGAAGCCUAGAAAGACGUAUUCAAGAAUAGAUACUCUAAAUAAUCAAAUGGACUUUAAAAAGGAAUGGCUGAAGUGGCUGAUAUACAGUGACAAUAAAUAGUUGAAAAUUAAUACAAAUGACAUCAAAAAGGAGGUUAUUGAGAAGUAAAAGAGAAUUGAGAAAUAGCAGCAGAAUCAAUAGUAAUUUUAAGUUUAUAAUUAUACGCCAAAAAAGUAAUUUGAAUUAUAAACACAAUAAUCGCCAAAAUGUAAUAUAUUUUGA